CGGAAGUAAGUGCGAUCGCGGAGGCCUCAUCCUUCCAAUGGCGACUGCGAACUGGCUGAAUACCAAACGGGAGCAACCGUGGAGGGGGUCAGACCUGUGUGACCGAAAUUAAAUAAAUAUAUCUCAUAUUUUGCCGUUGUUACAAAGUUAGUCCAACAUUGUGCUUCUCUCCAUAUUACGCCCGAGUCAAAUGGCCAAAAAUCGGAAAAUUUCGCUCCUUGAAACGGAGCUAUAUUACUUGAUAUCUCGUUUCCUAACAACGGGUCCGUGUCGGAGAUCGGCUGAGGUCCUAGUGAGCGAACUAGAGGAAUAUCAGCUCUUACCAAGGAGAUUGGACUGGCUGGGAAACGAACACCCGAGAACAUAUGAAGAUGUGGUUGCAGCCAACAGACAUGUUGCACCAGACCAUUUGCUACAAAUAUGUAAGCAGAUUGGACCUAUUCUUGACAAAGAUGUGCCGUCCUGUGUCCCUGGCGUGCACUCGCUCCUGGGGUCCGGAAAGCAGUCGAUGCUUAGGACCUCUAAAGAAUGUGACGGUGUGCGUUUGAAAAAUUCAUCAUAUGCAGCCCUUCACAGAGGAAGACCACCAGAGAGGCCUUUAAACAGCAAGAAACCUCCACAUAUAGUGAACGUCUGUCGAGGAAGAGAGCUGACAGGAACACAGCGCUACAGCUCAAUCAAUCCUGUCAGCAACUAUGGGCGCAUGCAUCUGCAUCGGCGGAUCCUGGGGCAUUUGUCUGCUGUGUAUUGCAUUGCAUUUGAUCGCACCGGUCUCAGGAUCUUCACAGGCUCUGAUGACUGCUUGGUAAAGAUUUGGUCUUCCUUUGACGGGCGGCUUCAUUCGACAUUGCGAGGACAUUCUGCUGAAAUCACAGACUUGGCCGUCAGUUAUGAGAAUACGCUAAUUGCUGCGGGAAGCUGUGACAAAACCAUCCGUGUGUGGUGCCUUCGUACCUGUGCGCCUGUGGCUGUGCUGCAAGGACACAGUGGUUCUAUUACCUCCCUACAGUUUUCACCAUUUGCCAAGGGCUCAAAACGUUACAUGUUAUCCACUGGUACCGAUGCUACGGUAUGCUUCUGGCAGUGGGACGUCAACAACAUUGACUUUAGUGAUCGUCCACACAAGUUUAUAGAGCGUCCGAGACCUGGGGUUCAGACAGUGUGCUCCUCAUUCAGUCCAGGUGGAAUUUUCUUAGCCACAGGAAGCACUGAUGAUGUCAUCAGAAUAUAUUAUGUGGGGGCUGGAAGUCCAGAAAAGAUAGCAGAGCUCCAUGAACAUACAGACAAAGUUGACAGCAUCCAAUUUUGCCACUCAGGUGAAAGGUUUGUGAGUGGAAGCCGAGAUGGCACCGCAAGGAUCUGGAAGCUUCAUCAGCGCCAGCAGUGGCGAUGCAUCUUGCUCAACAUGUCCACCACUCUUCCUGGUGCUGAGCCAAUGAGUGAAGAGGAAGGCUACUUCAAGCCCAAAGUCACCAUGGUAGCGUGGGACCGCCAUGACAAUACAGUCAUCACCACCGUCAGUAACUAUCUGAUCAAAGUCUGGAACUCCUACACGGGACAGCUGCUACAUGUCCUCAAAGGCCAUGAAGCUGAAGUGUUUGUCCUCGAGCCACACCCAUUUGACACCCGGAUAAUUCUGUCGGCAGGCCAUGAUGGAAAUGUUUUCGUAUGGGAUUUGAUGCGAGGGACAAGCACACAACACUACUUCAACAUGAUUGAGGGCCAAGGCUACGGAGCAGUUUUUGACUGCAAAUUCACUCCUGAUGGUCAACGUUUUGCCUGCACAGACUCCCAUGGUCAUCUGCUCAUCUUUGGUUUUGGUAGCUCUAAACCUUAUGAAAAGCUUCCAGACCAGGUUUUCUUCCACACAGACUACAGACCUUUGAUUCGAGAUGCCAAUGGCUUUGUGCUUGAUGAACAGACACAGCAGGCCCCACAUCUCAUGCCCCCACCUUUUCUUGUGGACGUGGAUGGAAACCCCCAUCCACCUAGAUAUCAGCGGCUUGUUCCAGGCCGGGAGAACGUCACAGCAGAACACUUGGUUCCUCAGCUGGGAUACGUUGCUACAAGUGAUGGAGAGGUCGUGGAGCAAGUGAUUAGUCAGCAGACUGCAGAAGUUGAGGAGGUUGCCAUCAGACGCAGCAGCCUACUCGACGAGGCUAUCCGAAACCUUCAGCAGCAACAGGAGCGUCAGAACCAGGCUAGCUCACAGGGGGGUGCUGUGGUAAUGCCACCAGCCCCAAGCACACCACGCAGAGUAUCUGUAAAUGAUCGCGCCGAAGUGCAGUCUCCUCCAAAUGUGGGUUUGCGGCGGAGCGGCCAGGUGGAAGGUGUCAGGCAGAUGCACCAGAAUGCACCUCGCAGUCAAAUGGCCACGGAGAGAGACCUUCAAGCCUGGAGACGUCGAGUGGUGGUGCCAGAGCUCCCUGCGAGCAGCUACAGGGGCCAGGUUGACAUCAGGGUUGCCAAAGGAGAUGAAGAAGUAGCCUUGUACAAUGUGAAAAAGAGACGCAUAAUGUACAGCAGCUGUCGAGAUGAUUCUGAUGAGGAGCCUCCUCCUGCAAAGCGAGCACAAAUUCGCAGUGACACGGUGGAAUUCAUUGACCUGUCGUGUGAGGAGGGAGAGGAGACUGCAAGCUCUGAUGCACACACAGAGGACAACGACUUGGAUGGCAGUGAACUGGAGUCAUCUAAUGACGAGGAGUGGAAUAGUGACAGCGCAAGUCACUCGUCCAGUGAGUAUUCAGACUGGACAGCAGAUGCUGGCUUCAAUCUGCAGCCUUCAACUCCCUUAUCAUCGCGUAAACGAGUACGACUCCAGCUCAGCAGUUCAGAAGAGGAGGAGGAAGACAACGAAGAGGAGGACGAGAAAGAGCAGCAGCCGCAGCACCAACAGCAUCAUCAGCAGAGUGAUGAGGAAGAUAAAACGGGAACUAAAGGAAAAGAGAAGGCAAAGAAAUCAAAGAACAAGUCUCCCAGAGUGCGGCCAAAAGUCAGACCGUCUAUCAACAGAGAGGUGUCCAACGAGUUUCGACCCUCGUUAUGGAUCACUGAUGUCAUUCCCAGGAAAUCUCCUUUUGUUCCCCAGAUGGGUGAUGAGGUGAUUUACUUCCGACAAGGCCACGAGGCUUAUGUUGAGGCUGUAAGACGAAAUGAUUUGUACCCUAUCAACUUAGACAAGCAACCCUGGAAGAAAAUGGAGCUGAGGGACCAAGAGUUUGUUAAGAUUACUGGAAUCAAAUAUGAAGUCUGCCCUCCGACACUCUGCUGUUUGAAACUGACUCUGAUUGACCACGGCACAGGCAAAAUUACAGACAAGUCCUUCUCUGUCAAAUAUCAUGAUAUGCCUGAUGUCAUAGAUUUCCUGGUGCUGAGGCAAUGUUAUGAUGAGGCACUCCGUAGAAACUGGCAACCAGGUGACCGGUUCCGCUCGGUGAUAGACGAUGCCUGGUGGUUCGGCACCAUUAUUUGUCAAGAGCCAUACCAGCCAGAAUACGCUGACAGUCUCUUCCAGUGCUUUAAAGUCAGAUGGGACAACGGGGAAAAUGAAAAGCUGAGUCCUUGGGAUAUGGAAGCAAUUCCACAUGAUGCUGUGCUUCCAGAGACUGAAGGGGGCAGCAUCCCCGUUACGGCAGAGGAGAUGAGCGAGUUGAUGUACAAGCCUCUGAAGGGAGAGUGGGGGGAGAGGGGCCGGGACCGAGAGUGUGAGCGAAUCGUCGCUGGUAUAGGCCAGCUCAUCACUGUUGAGAUUUCUGCGCCAUUUUCUGGCCCCGUCGAUCUUAUCCAGUAUCCCACCUACUGUACUGUGAUUGCUUACCCUACUGAUUUGGACACCAUAAGAUUUCGACUCUUAAACAAAUUCUACAGACGCCUCUCGGCAUUAAUUUGGGAUGUCAGAUACAUUGCGCACAACGCUCGCACUUUCAAUGAGCCAAGAAGCAAGAUUGCGCACUCUGCAAAAAUCAUCACCAAUGUGCUGCAGAAAUUUGUCAAUGAUCCGAGCUGCACAGACAUCAUGGACAUUUAUAGUGUUGUGGAAGAAAUGGACGAGGAUGAUGAGGAAGCAGAUACAGAGGCACCAGGAACUUCAACGGGACACAGACUGCGUCAGCGCUCUGUGGAAGUGCUGCCAGACAGAGAUGCUUGGAAGGAGCAUUGCAAAUAUUUGGUCGAUUACAUAUUGGACUGUGAGGACUCUGAGCCGUUCAGACAACCUGUGGAUCCUGAGAACUAUCCAGACUACCAUGAUAUUAUUGACACACCAAUGGACUUUGGGACUGUGAAAAGGGCCUUAGGGGAAGAACGCUAUGAAAAUCCAAUAGAGCUUUGCAAAGACACGCGGUUAAUAUUUGCAAAUGCUAAAGCCUACACACCCAAUAAACGGUCCAAGAUUUACAGCAUGACCUUGCGGCUCUCUGCCUUCUUUGAGGAGCAAAUCCGAACAAUCAUAUCAGAAUACAAAACAGCAGUGAAGAGCAGUGCAAGGCUCCGUCGCAGCCAGCGGUUCAAAAAGAAAAUGCAGCACGAUCCAACAAGUCAAAAGAGGGAUUUUGUGAAAACUCGGGAAAAAGUGGAGUCCGUGUCUGGGACCAAAUCUACCUCAGCCAAAGCGUCAGUUCCUGAGCGGGCAAGGAGGCCACGAAGAGGCAGCACCGGUCACAGCUCCUCGGAAGAUGAAUCUGCUUCUAAAGGUGCUUCAUCGACAGCAGAGUCCGACAGUGAACUAUCCGACUCAGAGGAGGAGACGCUUCCAGGUUCCUCCAAACACCAUCAAAGCAAACGGAAAGCAAGAGUUACAAGAGGCAGCUCUUCCAAGCAUCGUAACAAAGUUGCUGAGAGUGACAGUGAUGAGAAGGAGGUUGAGGAAGAGGACGAAGAGCCACUUGACAGUGAAGGGCAAGAGAAUGGAGACGCAUCUUCCCAUUCUUCAGGUCGCCGCUAUCACAGUAGGGCAGCAAAGAGGAGGACCACACGACUGACCAGAAACGCCGCCGCUGCUGCUGCUGACAGAAAAAAGACAGAGGGCAGAGUGGAGAUGAACGGUCACGCCACCCGGUCCUUUGCGAGGGAUAGACGUCAGCUGCAGGACUCCGACAGAGGCUUAUCACAGGGUUCCGAUGGAGAUGAGGAGGAAGAAAUUACCAUUCGCAGAUCGCUUCAGAGGAAAACAGCCAGGGUAGCUGUUAACAGGAUGAAACUCCUUGAAGCGUCAGACGAAGAGGAUGAGAAGGUGGAGGACGAUGACAACGAAGAGCCAAUAAGGAGCCGCCUCCGCAACACUUCCCGGGCCAGCAAACGGAGCGCUGUGCUUCAGAGCAGCUCUGAAUCAGAUGGAGAGCCACAGGCUUCUGUCAAUUCAAAGGAAUUGUCUGAAGAAUCCCAGGAUGAGGAAAAUGGCAAUGGCAGCAGCUCUUCAAGCUCCUCCUCUCACAGUAAGCCAAACGGAGAUACAAGAACGUCAACCAACAAAAAGGCCAAUGGAACUUCGACUUGUGUGAAUGGACAUGCCCCAAAACACAAGUCAGAUAGCAGCUCUGAGCAGGAGGAGGAGGAGGAGGAAGCUGCAGAAGAGAGUUCAGGAGAUGCGGAGGAAGAAGAUGCAAAGGAGGAAGAUUCUGCACGUCAGAAACCAAGUAGAAGCUCAUCCCAGAAGAGUAGGAAUACCAUUGAGGAGAAGGAAGCUGAGCGGGAGGAAGGAAACACCAAACGAAGGGCCACCCGACGCCAACUUCCUGUAAGCUCAGAUGAAGAGGACUCUCCUCAUCAAGGGCCACAGCAAAAUGGAAGAAACAAGGAGGACACUCUCCUCAAAGACUCUAAAAAGAGUAAACUAUCAAUGUCUAAAAGCCAAGAUCAACAAAAACCUGCCUCAGCUCAUAAACCUGAUGCAGGUGAUUCCAAGGUGCUCAGUCGUAUGUCUAAGAAGUACCACAAGAAAAGAUCAAAAAAAGAUCGACAAAGUGAAGCUGAAAGCAGUCGCUCCAGUGGUGAUUUUGAGAGCAAGAACAGGAAGCCUGCAAAGAACAUCAAGUCAAAACGACCACAGGGCGACACUUCUGCUUUUGAGAGUUCUGAGCAUGACUUUAAACCCAAGAAGUCAAGGAGAAAACGCUCCACCGGUUCAUCGGACGAAGAGUCGGAUGAGUCGGGCAACGCGUCCAACAAGCGUCUUAACCUCAGAGUGCUGCCGAAAAAGAAAUAUAUCAGCGACAGUUCUGCUUCUGAUGAAGACUCUGCAAGUCAGAGAAAAUUGAGAAACGGGAACAAAGCAGGCUCAGUUCCGAGGGAAGACAGCUGUAAGACGAACGAGUCGAAGAAAACCACUCGAAACGAAAGCAGGAUUCAGAUGUCUUCCAAGAGAAAACGAAUUUACACCUCAGGAUCUGAAGAUGAAGAAAACGUGCCAGUGGCCAGGAACAACAAGAAUAGCAAACGUCCUAAACGGGAACCAAAACAAGACAAGGAAGAGAAGGCCGAUUCCCAGUCAAAUUCCAGUGAGGAGGAAGUACAUGUUCGCCGCUCACGCAGAGAGAAGAACGAGAAGCUGUCCAAACACAAAACGCGUAAGGAAAGCUGCAGCAGUAAUCACAGUUCAGACUCUGAAAGCGAGCAGUCGUCCACAGCCAGUGAAAACUCUUAUGCCAGCUCAGGGUCCCACAGCAGUCCAAAGAGGAAGAAUCCAAGACAGGCCCAGCAUGGCCAAAGGACUGCCGGUCGCCAAUUAAGGCAGCGCCGACCACAAGUCGUCUUGGAGGCAGAGGACAGUGACGAGUCGUACAGCAAACCACAGAAAAAAUGCCGCGUUAACACCCGGAACCGCGGGAAGCGGACUGUCAAUUAUCACGACAGCGAGUGAAGGCUGAAGAGGGUUGACAACUGGAGAACUGUAAAGACACUUAUGGUAGCAGCACUGGUUUCCUUGAAAAAAAUGCUGUGAAUUUGUUUCUUUCAGGGAUAUUUAUAUUUUCUAUGAAAAGCGCGUUUAUAGAUGUAAUACAAAUUCUAGCAUUUGAACUGCUGGUCUUCACGAGAAUACAGAUCAAAACGCCACCUGCCAAUCCUGCUUGCUGUGAUUGUGGCCAGCAGAGUAACAUUGUGAGGAAUCUUGGGUGCUAUCUAAUAUACCUCUGCUAAAUCUAAGCAUAUUGCUGGCUUGCACUAAGAAACACUGUAAGGAGGUAUUUCAUACACUAGUUUUGCAUUAGAAACUCAGGGGUCAACUAAGUUUACUGUAGUCUCAGAUGUGCUUUUUUGUCAAGCUAUCAAAUGGAUAAGCAUCAAUUCCAGGUGGGAAAACGUCGAAGCACACGCAACUGAGACAAAACCAAUUCACAAUGUCACUUAAGACUACAGCACUCCUUUGUAAAUCCAUAAAUACAUUUAAUUCUUUUGUCUGUUAUAUGAGCCAAAUUAAAUGUUUCCCCAUUGUUGCUCUUUUUCUUUUCUUUAGAUUUGUGUUGUACAUGUAAAUAGGUGUUUGUUUUUGAUGGAGAAAGAAUGGAUUGGCCAUUAGUCAGUAGCAAGAUGUUUAUUUAAAGCAUUUUUUUUUAUUUUACUAGAAAUUUUGUCUUGCCAUAUGUCAUCAAUUGGUACAUUUUUUUGCCAAGUACGAGUAACCAGAUGUACUUUUUGCAGAAUACUGUGAUUUCUCAUAUUGGGAAGACUUUUGUCAUGUGUUACUUUCAGUAUUAAAUUCUUUCAGAGUCGACUAAAACAUGGUUCAGUUUGGUUCAUGCAGGAUUCCCUUAAUGCAGUUGCUUUGACAUUUUCGCAAUGGUUUUCGUAAUACACCUUCAAUAAAGCAAUUUUAAUAAAA